AUGGAGGACUUUUACCGCACCAGCGACACCGAGUCCCUGCACGAGAAAUACGUCCAGAGCUUCACCGAAGAUGCGACACUAAUUAUGGGACCGAAGGAAGCCAAGGGCGCCAGUGAGAUCCUGCCUCUCCGCCACGGCCUCUGGGCACACGUUGCAUCGCGGAAGCAUACCCCACAGCGCAUCUUUUUCAGCGGCGAGAAUGAGAUCAUGCUUUACGGUGGAGUUAGCUAUAAGCUCAAGGCGAACCCAGAGAACGAUGUUUACGUGCCUUGGGCUGGGAGGGUGGUGUUUGAACCAGCAAAGGAGGGAGAGGCUGUGAAGAUGCAGUUUUAUCAGGUCUAUCUGGAUCCCUCGGCGCAGUCGGGUAAGAAAUAG